AUGCCUCAACAACCUCAAGCCCUUCCUAUGGUUCAGGGUACAUCCCCCGCUGGUCCAGGAGCUUACAACUAUCAAGGAUCUAUGGCAAUGACUGCUGCUUCUGCUGCUGCUGCUGCCCAACAACAACAGCUACAGCAACAGGCUUACAACUUUAUGGCAGCUUAUCAGGAAGCUGCUGCUUAUAAUGCUGCUGGUCGAGGUCAAAGGACGGCUCCUUAUUAA